AUGUUUUACGACCAUGGACGCAAUGAGCUGCUGCCACGAAGCUAUAUCAGCGAGCUGGUAGAUCGUGUGCGUAGUCUGUCAAGCGGGAAUCCUUCACCAGCAGCUUCGGGUAGCGCUAUAGAUCAUGGCGUAUUCGGCACGCAGGUCAAGACUGAGUUCAUCGCUUCUGAAAUUCCUCGAUACGAGCAUCACUUUGCCGAAGCCGGAAAUAGCUACCGAUAUCUCGGCGCGGAAUCGUGCCUCCUCAAAUCACCCAGACUGCACACUGCGCAUGAGGUCCGCGGCGAGCAGGAUGACGAAGAACUCGACGAUUGGCACUACACUAACAAACAUUUGCCCGAGAAGCAGUACGAGCUGAUGCAGCUGUUCCUUGAGACAGUCCAGCCUAUCUACCCCAUUCUGGAUCCAUCUCUACGUUAUCUUGGACCGGAUCUGCCCAGCGACCUCACGUCGACUGAGAUGUUCUCGCUGUACAUGAUAUAUUCUAUAGCAUGCUACAUCAUCCCCAAUACUCGCAAAAAGCAACCGCCAGAUCAAGACUGGAACCCCACAGGUAGGCUUGCAUAUCAUCAGGCCAAUUCUAUCAGAUACCGCUCUCUCGCGACUCAAUACUUCGCAGAUGCUAUGGAGCACCUCGAGUUAGCAACAAUGGACCCAAAUAUCGACACCAUCCGUUCCGUCCUUCUACUUGCCAUCAACAGCUCGUUCGACCCAAUAGCGGGUAACAUUGGUCAGCAGAUAGCUCUUGCAGGCCGUCUUGCGUUCGAUCUAGAGUCAAAAAGCACAUUACAAGAGCUUGGUCCGGACGAUGUCCAAAUGCUCCGAGCCAUGCACAUGACUAUAUUCUGCCUCGAAAAUCAGAUUGCAUCUACACUAGACAGGCCGGCAUUGUUUCCAGAACCGGUAAGCCUACUCGUCAAGCACGAACCGCAGGACAAGACUCAUGACUUGCAGGAAGAAGAUUUGUGUUUCGACAAGGAAAAGCCCGCCGAAUAUCUUUGCUCCUUGUAUCGUAUGCAGAAUCGUUUUCGCAAGGGUGACCACCUUGCGAAAGAGAAGGUCAAGAAGCUGCUCCCACUCUUCGAUGAGAAAGACGAGUUGCUUCCUGUCAUACGCAUAACCUUGCACAUCACACAUCUGUUGCUAAAUCCUUGCUGGGGAAGUGCGUGGCAUGUGCUGGAAGCUGUAGUAAGCUUCGGUGGCAUCCACGUCUUCGUCACACCACACUGGGUUUACCGAGCAGGCACGGUGCUCAUCCAGAACAUGCCUGCGAUCUUUGGUGGUAACCUCAUCCAACUGUACUCAAACGCGCUUCUCGUUCUCGAACUUUCUUCCUGGAGGUGGCCGAGCUCCGCUGCUCUCUCCGCGUCGCUGGUCGACCUCAUGCAGCAUAUGAAAACGAAGUACCGGCCAGACUGGUCCGACAAGCUUCAACAAGGCGACGUAAGAAUAUGA